AUGGCGGUGUCGUCUUCUGAGCAGGCCACCUCAGGCGUUUCGACCAUACUUGAUUUGGCUUCAUGUGAAAACUCUUCCGGGGGGGACAAUGAGGGCUCCGAAUUACGAAACUUUGUUGUUGCGAGAGGUGAUGACGGCAGCAGCCUAUGUGAGAUUGACGAUAAAUAUGGUGCUGUCGCAGGAACUGCAGGAUCAGAGAUGACACAAGGCGACUCGGCAAAUCGCGAGCAUUGUUGGCAAGAUGUCGAGGACGGCGAUGAUGGUGAAAAGGCAACUGGCAAUCGUGAAGCAUCAUUGCAACCUAUACUUUUCACUACCCUGUCAGACCUGGAGCGGCUGAAGACGCACUCGAUGCCGGUAAUGGAGUCGAUGGAAUGA